AAUAUCUAUUGAAUUUGAAGGGAGUACAGAAACAAAGUGAGACCAACCAAAGUGACAAUUUCUUGGUUUGGGGAUAGGCAUCACAUUUCUGAUUAAUAAUAAUAAUGGCAGCGGCGGCAGUGACGGUGCUACUCCCACCUAGGAUUCCGACCACCACCACCACCAACGUUACACGCUGCUCUGCUUUGCCUUCUCUCCCUCCCCGUGUCUCCAACACCACCACCACUUUGUUCUCACCUUCCCUCAACCACUUUUCAGUGUCCCGGAAAUCUUCUCUGCUUCAGACCAGAGCUUCUUCAGAGGAAUCAUCCCCAGUAGAUGCCAAUGAGUUGUUCACAGAUUUGAAGGAAAAGUGGGAUGCUGUUGAAAACAAGUCCACAGUACUUCUUUAUGGUGGUGGGGCUCUAGUUGCUGUUUGGCUAUCUUCAAUUCUUGUGAGCGCCAUCAACUCAGUUCCCUUGCUUCCAAAGAUUAUGGAGUUGGUAGGGCUAGGGUACACUGGAUGGUUUGUCUACCGAUACCUUCUGUUUAAGUCUAGCAGGAAGGAGCUAGCUACAGACAUUGAUGCACUGAAGAAGAAAAUUGCUGGAACUGAAUAGAAUGGUGUUUGCAGGUACCAAGUGAAGUUUAUGUUCUGUGAGCACCAUUUGUUUUUGUUUUACUCUUAUCUCCUGUAUAAGAGUCGUAUGUAUCCCUUGAUGUAGAAUAGAAUUCCUCUCGACCUCUAUUGCCCCUGUAAUGAACCCAUUUCAUUGCUAAAAUAAUGUAGCAAAUUUUAUGUAUAUGGCUCUCAAUGGAAACCAUUAUCUUUUCACUUCU